GUGACUUAACAAUCGUCAUAAUUAAUCACGUGGGAUGACCACCAACGUUUUUACGUCAUAAACUUUUUAUAUGACGUAACAAACACUUUACACGUCACAAUGCUAAUAAAGAGGGAUGACGUAACAAACGCGAUGCAAGGAUUAAUCGCGAUUAACAAUCUCCCGCAUUGUGACGUUUAAACUUACCAUUGUUACAUAGGUGAAACAUUCUACUGUUACGUAACAAUCACCCAACACUUGUAACCGAACCUUAUAAUUACCCCAUGUCCAUAUAUGGGUCGACCCUUUUUGCACCGAACAAAUCUUAUUGUUUAAUUGUUUGUGACGUGAACACCAUUAUGACCUAAUAAUACAACUGCUGAUUCAACAAACUUCAGUAUGACGUAUUUAUUAUUUGUUUUCUGCACUUUUAUGACGUCAUAAUGACUAAGUCUGUUCUCGAAUUUCCUUCCUAAUUGUUUUGCUGUAGCGACGUCACAAUGGCUGUGAUUCGGGACUCUUAAAUUGCGUCAAUAGGUUCGAACGUCGUGUUGCUCUAUAGCGCACUCUAGCGGCUACAACACGUCGUCCGCGAUUCAAGAUGUUGGUUGUGAUGCUCGUAUCGUAAUCAGGGGUUACGGGUUCAAGACUCGAUGCUGCUACCAUUGUUGGUGGGAAGAACAAACCAAGAAUCGCAACUUUAACUCGUAGCUUUGGAUGAAUAUGGGCCACGUUACGCGACGGUAUAUACUUUAAAUAAUUGAGCGAGGAAUAAGUGGCGUUGUGACGUCAUAAUACGAUAAUCGGCCAUUUUGCAUCACGUGAAAUGAACGUCACUGAUUGGACGAAUCCAUUCAUUGUUUUAUUUUUAGGUUCCAUUGUUCGAGGACAGUACCUGAUCGAAUUAACGAAACUUAAGAUGUUUGAAUAUCAAUAAAGCAGAUGUGAAAUAUUGCGAUUCCUAUGUAAUAAUCCAAUCCCAUAUUUUCACGGCAGACACAGCAGCACCACCGUAUAUAGUGUGGAUCUUCCAUUAAGUCGAAGUUGCCAUGAAGAAGCCGAAGCCGACCAUUGUUUAUUGCGAGCUUAGACGGCCAGCUGAUGAGAUUAUUAAUAUUUCAUCUCAGAAUGGAGCAGAGGGUGUUGUUACGCGUAUGUUGCCCAAGUCGCAUGUUAGUCACGUGAUAUUAAACGCCAACGUCAGCGAAGAAAGAUUCUUGGAGAUGAAGGUGUCGACCGAGAACAAGAUGUUGAAGAAAAACAACGAACUUCAUGAACAUUUCAUGAACACGUUCGUGAGGAGGUUGGAGAGGAAGCAACAACGAUGGAUGAAAGAGGAUAAUUACGUCAGCAAAAACUUCCAGCUGACGUUGUCGCCUCGACACCACGUGACGGAGAGACAGCCAAUAGGAGAGCUUAUACUUCCCACACCCCCAAAAGCCCAAGCUUUGUACAAACCAGCUAAAUAUCCAUAUAUGAAGAUGCGGGGUGGUGGGGAACAACAUGCGAGCGUUCUCCCGCGAAUUCGAACCGUCCCAACCAGCCAAUCACGACACGACACGACACAAUCCAUUCAACGGGUUCAACAAGCCAACGAAUCAAUGACGUCACCCGUACGAUCCACGUGGGGUGAAACAACCAAUCAGAGGGCGGAGACGGCGAGCACAGGUCUGACACGCAUGACUACAGGUCGCAUGCGCAAACCAGCAAUGCGGAACCACGAUUCAAGGUUCACAGACUUGUUGUCGUGGUUGUCACCGGUGGAUGCCCGGAAAGGAAAGUUGUUUCGUCGCCCACGUGAACACAGGGUGAUGUUCGGUGUCACACAGACAUCAUAUUAAUGUUAUUGUAAAUAUUUACAUCAUAAUAUCAAACAAAGGGGAUUGUGAUGUAAUGUAUUGUUGUUGUUGCAACGGCAAUCUAUGUUUACAUGAAAAAUAUAUUUUAUAUUGUUUCUAUGUUUAAGAUAAACUUCUUUGUUAAUUGGAACUUCAUUGCUGCGUCAUAAUACCUCAUUAUGACAUCACAAACUCGAUUAUGAUAUUUACAAUCGGCAUCGUUUCAUGAUAAACCUCAUUGUUGCGCAACACUGAAUCAAGAAUUGGA